UGUCGUCUGCUUCGAACCCACGAGUAACAACACGAAAGUCUUAAGUCUUGGCAACUUGUAAUGGUAAACAGCUACUACAAAGUACAAACUGCAGACUAGAUGAAUAUUAUACAAUGAUUCCUUGAAUAAAUGUCGAAAUACGACUUUAGUGUGACCCCAUAUUCCGAUAUUUAGACGAAAUCUUUUCAAAUAUUGCAACAAGUACAUCAAGUGAAACGUAAUGCCACGAGGAAGAAAGCGAGGAAGUCGAGGAGGAGGAAGAGGCAGAGGUAGACCACCGGGUUCCACAACAGCCGCUGCAACAAGAAUAGAUGGUCCAUCUGUUAAAAAAAUUAAGCUAGAACCACAAAACACAUCUUCCAUAUUUGGCUCUGAAGACAUCAUUUAUGGAUCAAAUUUUGAUGUAUUCCAAGAAGUUAUUGUAGAAGAAGAGGUCCAAGAUAUCAAUGUUGAAAACAGCCGAUCAAACUCUCCCAUUUCAGUUACAAAUGACAGCAAUUCCAAUGAAAAUUCAGUCAGUUCAUUCUCAGCUUCAGAUAUUCAGAAUAAGUAUUGGACCAGAGAAGACCUAACUCCAUCUGAUGCCCCCCCUGAAAAUCUGUUUACUGAAAAUGAGGAUGAGAUGAAAUCCUUUGCUCUCGACAUGAAUAAUGUUGACACCACAGUCAAUUUAAAUGAUGAAACUGGAUUCUCCCUCAAUAGUCUCUUCCCUAUUAAAGAAGAGCCACUUGACAUUGAACAACCCAAAUCCAGUGAAAAUGGUGUAGAGCAAGUCAAAAAGGCUUCAAGAAGAAAAAUCAAACAAGAGCCUACUGAAACAGCUCCAAAGUUAAAGCAGAUGUCGUUAUACGAAGAGAUGUCUCUUUUUCGUCAGCUUCGACCAUUGGCAGAAAAAAAUGCUCUAAGUCCCGAACUUAGACGACUGUACAGAAAGCUAUCGUUGAGAAAUACUAAACGUUCAAUUGGCUUGGAACCCUUCAACUUCGACAGACUAUUAGCUAAGCUGUUGGGAAAAGAUUGGUCAUUCCCAGCUAGCAGCAAUGAACCUGCAAGUCAGAUAGUCAGCGUUUCUAAUGUCCUCGAUCGUUUUCAGAAAAGUAGUUUACCGUCUUGUUCAUCUCAAAAACGUCUCAACAUAUCUUUCCGAAUGAGGUUACUUGGCGCAAGUGAAGAUCAGAUUCCGCAAUCUUUUGUCAGCCCCUAUACUGGGAGAACACUUAAGCCUUUUAUACGAAGGGACUAUGAAUCUCGCCCAAUGAAGUUAAAACUUCUAGAAGAAAUCCGUAGUAAAUGUUCGAGCACAGAGAUAAGGAACUCUGUUGUAAAACCGAUCGACUACUCUUAUGUACAACCUCAACACAUUCCGGCAAUCAAUGCCAUUUGUAAAGAGUUUUUCUGGUCUGGAAUUGAUGUUACGGAAUGCUUGGAAUAUCCGGAUUUUAGUUGCGUGGUACUAUACGGCCAUGUCAUUAUUGGAUUUGCGUUUAUGGUACCUGAUGUCUCGUACAAUGAAGCUUACAUUUCUUAUUUGUUCACACACCCCGAAUGGAGAGGAGCGGGAAUCGCGAAAUUCAUGCUGUAUCAUUUAAUUCAAAGUUGCAUGGGCAAAGAUGUUACGUUACAUGUUUCGGCUACCAAUCCAGCCAUGACUUUAUACCACAAGUUUGGUUUUAAAGUGCAAGAGUUUGUUGUGGACUUUUACGACAAAUAUUUCCCUGCUGAUUCAACUCAGUAACUCGAGCGGUAGUGGAAGAACGGAGGCCACCUGCUCGUCAACAGAAUAGCAAGGAUAUGACUCCAUCAGUAACGCUUGUAAUACCUCGUCUGACAUUGAAGGACAAUUCUCCGGUCCCACGUUAAUCUUCAAUUUUAAAUAUUAUUACUUAUUAAAUUAAACAUAAUUUUUUCUUAUACUAACUUACUUGAAAACUGGCUGCCAUUAGAGUACCAGAUGAAAGUGCGCAUCGGUUGCUUGUCUUGAAUUCCCCAGUCACCUCUGAAUCACCAUCGCCACACAUGCCGCAAGCACGGCCAAGGAGUUUUUCUCCAGCACUAAGCGUAAUGGUAGACUUUUCCACCAAAACGUCCAGAUUCUCCUCUGAUAACCGUAGGUGGAUCGCAUUGUCUUUGCCCAGUGACGCCAUCGCAAUUACUUUUUCUCCCAUGUGAAUCCGCAUUCGACUUGCGGUGAAGUUGGCCUCUAUUCCAUUAAUUGAUAUAUUUCCAGCUGAUGAAACAUCUAUCACGUCCUUCUCUAAUGUGAUUCGGACUACCAUACCAUGAGAUUCGUUUGUGCCCAUUAUCGCGUACUUGGCUUUUUUCUGUCCGCAAUCCGCCGUCAACAAGUGAUGACAUUCAUUGAUGGGAUAGCUAUAAGUUAUGCCAUCGUAAGUUACGACUCGAUCAGAAUGGAUGAAGCACCUUUUUAUUUUUGUUUUCUCACUUUUUUGGAAUGCUUUCGAAGUGAUCGAAGCGUAUCGAAGCAAGGGCGCUUCAGACUCUCCUAGCUUGAAGUGGAUUCUAUGAAAAUGUGGCUCACUUGCGUUAUUAUAUCCUUCCCGAGAUGUUAUGCUCCUUUCGUCUCCGCCAAGUUCUUGUGAAUAUUUGAUAUUCUUUGAAUUCAGCCAGUUUCGAACCAAGCCUAUCGUUGAUCCCGAUGCAGUAAUGUUCCAUUCGUUUUUUUCAGAAAGGCUUUGAGCCACUACCUCAACAGCAGCCCAGUUUAACAUGGAGCCAUUGCCGUAGUGAACCGUGAUUCCUCCUUUAUAAACAUGAAUGCUGUCGUUCUUCAUAUCCAAUAGUGAAGUGGUGUCAUUAGUUCCGUCUUCUUCCCAUUCCAUAGAACCGUUGACCCCAAGAACAUACUGGACGUCCGGGUUUCCUUGAAUAGUCUCCGUAUUGAACGAAGCUGACAAAGAGACGGAGCUGAGCGGGGGCCCCUCCGGGAGAUAACGAAGGCGGUACACGCAUUGCUGAAAGUCAUCUAAGCGGAAAUGACCAAAAUCGCAGCUGUAUUCCUUCAUCAAGCUGUUCAACCAAGCGGAUGCGGGAUCUUCUUGUGGCAGUUGGCUGGUCGACUCUAGUCGUAGAUUCAGACUCAGUUGAGCGACAGAUACGGAUGGCGGUUUUCUAGAGAUGUGAUUGGCUUUUGCAAGCUCCAAAGUUUCCGAAGAAUGAUCUGUUGUGCGACUAGUGAGCGUGUAUGGCAUGAUAUUAAAGUACGCUAGAUCAUAGAUGCGAUCCGGUGGAAUCCACAGCAAUGAGCCGUUUGAAAUGAAGAAAACGGGAGCGCGAAUGUCAGCUGUAUUCUCCACUCCAGUUGCCACAUGAUGGCCACUGAACGGACAUUGAAUCCUUGACUCGGUUGCCCAUUUCAAGUAAAGACUGGCAGUCACAUUGAUUUCCGGCUGAUGGAUGUGACCCAAAGCUGACGCUAAAGCGGUAAGUGAAAACGUGAAUUGCGCUGGCAAUCCUACUUCGGUUGGGACCUGCGUCCGGAUGUCUAUCAGCUGUUGAAACUUGACGAACCGGAUAUUGAUGUGUCUAGUGAAGAACUCCCGGAUCAUGUACUCACGAUCGAUAUCUUGGAGAUUAAAAAGCGUCUGCAUGGUUGACCCGAGCAGCCUGGCAUGGAAUAGACCCACCGUCGGUUGAUCGUUGGUCCGAAAUCUCAAAGAAAGCUGGUCCCAGAAAACAUUCGAUUUCGGUUGGCUGGAUUGCUGAAUAUCAUCAUCAUGCUUCAGAAGCUGACUCCAAACACUUUCCAUGUUAAAAUUCCAGAUCGAUACCUAUGCAAAGUUCAACAAAUAAAGACUGGUGUUCCAGGAGAGCCUCCGAAAGUUAUUUAACCUUUGCAAGAUCCAAGCGGAACGACCCGAGUUGACGGAAGAGCUGAUGCUGUAGAUAAACAGGCAGCGAGGAGUCUCUCAAUCUCCAGAAUGCCAGUAGUGAUGAAAAUCCAGCUGUGUUGUCUUUGACGGAUGCAAAAUGCUCAAACUCUGAUCGACCGGAACAAGCAGGGCGCACUAGGCCAAUGACUGAGCGCGCUUUGAUGGAACUAAAGCAGGGAUUUGGAGAGAAAGAAGAACGGGUUCCGCCAGACACGGACUGGAUUAUGUCGCAAGUAAAUACGGCAACUUGGUGACUGGGGUCAAACCAGGUUCGCGAAGCAAUCUUCUUCCAAAUUUUCAGCGGAGUUCUCUUGUGAAGCAGAAGCAUUGAGAUGGCUGCCAUCCGUAUUUCCGGACGUUCCGCCACGUUAUCCGCUAGCGAAGCUAAUAAUGGAGUCACCUAUCAAAAACAAAUGAAAAAAUCCAUAAGACGUUCCAGGGACAUGAUUGCUGCUAUUCGCGCUGUCACAUCUUCGCCCCGAAUGUAUGGAACUAGGAGGAGAAGGACAUCGUCGAGGCCGAGAGCUCCUACAGCUAGUAUAGCCGCCAAGCGAUCGAUUGCAGUCUGUGCAGUCUCCAAUUCGUGGACAAGCAGCGGCAGAAAUUCCUCUGUGAUUAUUUGGGCAUCUGCAUUACAGUUUGCUGUCGAUAGCACGCAAGAUCUGUAGAGCAAAUCAGCUGACGCCAUUAGCGCGGUAUGCUUCAAAAGUUUGGAAGCCUGGGCCGCUUCGGACCGUAUAAUGCCCUUUUAACAACGGGAAUCUUUGGAUAUUGCAUCGAAUGCCCCGAGCUCAUCAGCGUCCAGACAGCUUGAAAUCCCUCAAGCUCUCGGCGCUCAAUGAGAUCAACAAGGAAAACUGCCGCCGUAUGACUUCCACUAGCGGCGGUGCAAUCGACGAAUAAGUCCCUGUUGGCCAAAAAUCGUAAACACAUACUACAUAUGUUUUCUGCCAGAUUUCACGCAGUUGACUUUCAUCGAGACGUGAUAUAAUUUGACUGAUGAUGCUGAGUUUCUUGGAAAUGUCGUCCUCCGAUAUUGUUGAUUCCGCAAGAGUUUGCCCAACCUCUUGAAGGGCUUCAAACACGGCUUCCACGUCUUUGGCACUACAGAGUUAAUGUUCGACAUUUGAAUGUUUGUGUUUUCGCCGUUAACUGACAUGAAACGAACCUAGCCGCAGUUGGGUCUUCUUCAAAAGAAAAAGUUAAGUCGUCUAUGACUUGCGGCUGCGAUAAAGAUGUUUUCAACUUUAUAGGCCCGGAGAAAAUCAAUUCGCCGAUUCCUUCCAUGCGGACAACCGUCAUUUUCUCCGAAGAUUCACCACAGGCCAUAUACUUGUACGCGGUAAAUCUCUGCAAAAAUGGGAGCCGAGUGAUUCGCAGCGUCGUGAAGCAAUCCCCCGUCACUCCGUCCUUUAUUAGCAUGAGAUUGAGUUAUGGCGUCGUGACAAACUUGAUUAACGUGGAUUAAUUACCUCCAACGAGCUCAGCGCUGGAGCAUUGCGCUCUCCAAAAACACCUCCGUCUAAACCGGAACGAACGCCGGAGACGUCCAGUUGGAGAUUCGAGGCGACGGCUUUUUUCAUAUUGACGGACCAUGUCGGCUCUUCACUCUCCACUACCAGCAAAAGUACUGAGGAGGUGAAGUGAAUCGCCGAUGGCCUCUUUCUCUCCGUCAGCUAGCCCAACCGGAAGCAAAAUCGGAUCAGGAGCCCUGCCAUUGCUGCUGCUGUAAUUGCCAUCGCGCGUGACCCGUAUCUCGGACAUCUGCCAUCAGUCGAAGAUCAUAAGAAAUAGCCGGCAUUACUAUACGCUUUGUGAGCUCGCUCGUCAACUUUGAGUUACACAUCAAAGGACAACUUUUCCAUCUGCACAAUAAUAAGCUAGGUGGUACCUUUAGCAUAAGCGUUUCGUCGUCAACGCUUUGCACCGUCAGUUUUGCGAUGAUUUGAACGGCAGCAGAUUGAUGAUGUGCGCCCUCGAUCCCAGUCACCAACAGGCCACUGUAAUCGUACAGGUACUCGCUUCCAGUUUCCCAUCCUUUCAACAUUUCGAAGAAGAAUAAAUGUAGCUAUAGUGCGCGAAUGUUUGCACGUACUAUAAAUUUGAGAUUACCUUGACAUAAAACUGGCAGCGACAGCAAGCCCACUGGUAAGGCGUGAAAUCAUUUGUGGAAUUAAAAGCAAAUCACAGCUUAAGCGAAAUGGGAUACAAUAAAUUGACUUACAGAAAAAGCUGAGCGUGCGGUGGAGGCUGUGGAUCAUGGUCCUGUUCGCCGCACGAGCUAGAACUUGAAUGUCGCAACGCACGGAUUGUGAGCGCGCUCGAUCGAUACGGCUGUGGAUGAGCAUGUUCUCCUCCAUCGGGUCAGCGCGUCGACUACACGCUCCAUUGGGCAAAAGAGACGAAGCCGACUUCUAUAUAGAGACCAAUCAGCGGGCUCUCAAAUUGAACCCCUCUUCCAUCCUGGAGGACGUCAAUGCUUCAUCACUGAGAAUAAACUAUCGCAAAACGGUCCAACUGAAACCAUGUGUAUUUAUGAGCCGGCUCUCCAAUUUGAUUGCUAUUCCAGAUUUGAUGCUACGCUAUUGUACAGUGUAUAAUAUGACGUCGUCCGAACUUGGGCAGCACAAGUAACGUUUAGACGAUGACCAUUUCAGAGCCAAAUGUCCGAACUGCAGUCGCCACCGGGAUAUCUGUUAUUAGCCAAGCAAUUUCAAUCAAAAUGCAGCUAGAUUGGCAUUGGAGCGACACAGCUUACAUACCGAAUUUCGUGAGCAAGAACUGGGCCGUCUGGCUCCGCUCCAAAAUCGACCAUUAGUUUUGGAUUAAUCUUGAGGCCGCCAACAUUGACGUCCACGUCAAUCUGUAGCAGAACGGAUCCUUUUCUAAAUGCGAUUAAGAACUAAUUAAAUACGAUUGGGGGACGAGUUGAUUUUCUUAUAGAAAAAAACGCACUCGACCAUAUCCGGAUAAAAUUGACGGUCCCAUGGACUGAAAAGUGACGUGGUAACGUAUAAUCUCCGGCCAUCGAGGGAGAGCUGGAGCAUCUGAGGCCCACCGUGGAAUCGCUUCCCAUUCACUACCAACGGUUCUGGCUGUUAAUUAAAUUCAAUUAUUCAAUGUCCACUGGGACAGAGCCAAAUUUAAUAAGAAAGAAGAAUAUGCUGCCAACCGCUUUGACAUUGUCUUCUAAGAUGGUUACGCCCCCUCCACUCACGGCGCUUCCGCCAACGUAGAUCUGCCCUACUAGCUUGGGGUGGGCUGGGUCGCUGAUGUCAUACUGCCGUAUGUCACCUGAAGAAAUCACCCUACAAUUAAUGAUUCAUUACAAGAUAUAAGAACAACAACCCUGAUACCUUGCACCCAGUUGGAGAGAUAGAGAAAACGAUCGUCCAUAGAAAUAAGUAUGUCGGUGAUUAUUCCAGGCAUGGACGGCAGAGCCCAGUUGGAGACUUUCCACGACGGCACAUCGAUAACUUUAUCCGCCGCCCAUUUACCGUCUUCCAACUGAUGAAAACUACAAGUAACGUUGGCGGUCAAAGCGCAGCCCACGAAUCCAGUUGUGGCAGUCGGUUCGUGAAGGAAACGAAUUUCAAGAGGCAUCAAUCCCUCACUACCCAAGUCCAAGGUCUGAAUUUUCUUAUGUUCUUUCCAGUCCCACACAUGCAGAGAUUGGCCAUACAUGCCUAAAUUUCAGAAGACACGUGAUCCAAGGAAAAUCCAGUGCAAAAAGCCGACGGAGAACCCCACUCGGAAGAGAUCUAACACACAACAUUAAAAAAAUUAUUGUACAUCGUACAUUUAGAAAGCUAAAAAAAUAAAGCUUUACGAACCAUGACAUUAUGACGCGGCUGAUACCAAAAGUCGUAACCAAAAUUCGUGGAAUCUUCACUCCACAAACCUUCGCAUCCAAUAAUGUUUAUAGGUAUGCGUAUAAUGAAAAAAACGAGAAUCUAUUGAUGUACCUUUAAUCUUCCAUUCCUUUGUAUCAAUCAAGAAGAAUGAUCCUUUUGCUUCCCUCUUUGCGUUACCCAUUGACGACACCAUUACAUUACCGUCGGCUAAGCAAUGAAGAGUAUGUGGCGCACUGAGAUCCAGGUCAUGCAUUUCUUUAGGCUCAAUAACCUACUCAGCCAAAAUCAAUCGUACAUUAAAGAUUUGAAAGAAAACCACGAUCGUUAAUAAUACCUUUAGAAUUUCAGGAGCUCUGGGGUUUUUGGCAACAUCGAUCACAUAAAUUCGGUCGCUAAUUAGUCCUGCGACAACGAGGUUAUCGCGUUUCUGCGAAGGAUCGUCGUAGCAACUACUGCAGGAAUUCCAACCACUGUGAUGCAAUUCGUCGUUCGCAUAAGGCAUAAUCGUUCGGUGAAUUACCUAACAUUAGAAAAUUCCCCAAAAAAUCAGUGUGCCUAAAGUUUUCAAUUAACGUUUAGACAUUUAUUCACUUGACUAUACGUUGGGCUGCUUGGAUCAACAUCAAUCGUGGCCACGUAAUCAUGUUUCCCCUUUUCCCCUUGGAUGCAUGUUAUGUACAAAAGUUUUUCCGGGGAGGCUUUUGUAGCUUCGAGAGGCGAAGCAUAGCCGGGACCGCAAGCGCAGCACUUACUUCCUCCGUCUAGACAUUUUCAAUUCAAUUAUCAUUUAAUGUCAGGCUUCAAUGCUAGUGUUGUACAUGUGGCCUAUAUUUCGUUAUUUCUUAAUUAAACAAAGCAGCAUUUGU